UCUUAUCACAAAGCAUUGACCACAGUUCAAUUGUUAAGUUUAACACCAGCAAAGCCAUUGCCUAACAAUGUCAAACAGCAGUUCAGAAGUCAUAACAUGCAAAGCAAUAGUAUGUUGGGGAAAAGGGGAGCCAUUGAAGAUUGAAGAGAUACAAGUAGAGGCACCAAAAUCAUCUGAAGUUCGAGUUAAAAUGCUAUGUGCCAGUGUUUGUCACACUGACAUAUUGUCGACCAGAGGAUUCCCAAGUCCUCUCUUCCCUCGAGUCAUGGGGCAUGAAGGUGUUGGGGUGGUGGAGAGCAUUGGUGAGCAAGUCAAUGGACUAAAACAGGGAGAUAUUGUGAUUCCAACCUAUGUCGCAGAGUGUCAAACAUGUGAGAAUUGCACAUCCGAGAAGACUAAUUUAUGCCUAACUUACCCGUUAACCUUCAACUGCCUAAUGCUUGAUGGCACUUCAAGAAUGUCCAUUAGAGGCCAAAGUUUGUACCACACAUUUUCCUUUGCCACAUGGUCUGAAUAUAUGGUUAUAAAUGAGAAUUAUGUCGUUAAGAUUCAUCCGAGCAUAGCUCCUUCGCAUGCUAGCUUCCUUUCAUGUGGAUAUUCAACUGGAUUUGGGGCAGCUUGGAAAGAUGCUAAGGUUGAGGAGGGCUCAAGCGUAGCUGUUUUCGGUCUUGGAACCGUUGGAUUAGGGGUCGUUGAGGGAGCUAGAAUUCGAGGUGCAACUAAGAUAAUUGGUAUAGACAAGAAUCCAAGAAAAAAGGAGAAGGGACAUGUUUAUGGAAUGACAGAUUUUAUAAACCUUGAUGGUUCAGAUAAAUAUUCCAUCUGUGAAUCAGUUCGAGCCCUAACUGAUGGAAAGGGUGUGGAUUAUAGCUUUGAGUGCUCUGGGGUUGCACCAUUGGUCAAUGAAGCCAUUGAAUCCACAAAAAUAGGAACAGGAAAAACCAUUCUGAUGGGCACAGGAGAUCAUCAAAGCCUGCAGAUAAAUUUCCUACCCCUUCUGUGUGGCAGAACUUUAAAGGGGUGUGUUUAUGGAGGCAUCAAAACCAAAUCUGACCUUCCCAUUCUUCUUGAAAAAUGCAGAAAUAAGGAAAUCCAUCUUGAUGAACUCUUGACUCAUGAAGUUCAACUAGAAGAUAUAAACAAGGCAUUUGAGCUGUUGAAGCAACCAGACUGUGUCAAGGUUCUGGUCAAGAUUUGAUUGAUAUAAGCAACAAAUUAAGCAUGUCUGCUCUGUUCUUAUACCCUUGAGCCUUAAGCCUAUUAUAUUAGGCAAUGCCUAAUACAAUUAAUUUACAUCUUAUAACUGUUUAAGUUUUCUCUUUUAAUUUUUACCAUCAAAAAUAAAAAUCUCUUUUAGAUUUCUCUCAAAUCCAAUACUCCAUACUGUUUUCAUUCACUCGAUUAACAUUUAUGUAUGAAGAGUGCAAAUUAGAGAAAAAUAUUGUUCUAAUUAAUUUACUUUAAAUAUUUGUUUGAG